AUCAUCCUCCACCAUAAUUUAUUUAACAUUCCAUCUCAAUUUCCAUUUUAUACAAAAAAAAAAAAGUCCAAAUUAUUCAGCCAUGGCCAUGAACUACUUCCAUUGUUCCAUAUUCAUCCUCUUUUUUCUCUCCAACACUGCAUUUUCAGAGAGAUGCCACCCAAAUGACAAAAAAGCCCUCCUACAAAUCAAGAAAGACCUCAACACUCCUCCAAACAGCAACCUCAUCUCGUCGUGGGACUGGGACCCACUCGUCGACUGCUGCGACUGGGACAACAUCGUCCGAUGCGGCGGCGCCGCCGACCGGAUCAUCCUUUUCAACCUAAUACUCGCCGAUCUCAACCACCUUCCAAUCCCGGCCGCCGUUUCCGACCUCGAAUACCUCGAAGAACUGUACCUCCACUCGACGAAUCUCACCGGAGAAAUCCCGAAAGAGAUCACCAAACUCUCUCAUCUCAAAUAUCUCGACCUGAGAUUCAAUCAUCUCUCCGGCAACAUCCCUUCGUUCCUCAGCCGCCUCCAAACCCUAACAUCGCUCGACUUGUCGAACAACGAUUUCACCGGCUCUAUCCCGGCGUCAAUAUCGCAGCUUCCGAACCUCAAUACUCUCUUCUUGAACCGGAACAAACUCACCGGAGAAAUCCCGGGAUCUUUUUCCGAUUUCCGGCAGCCGAAAUUCUAUAUCGACUUGUCCGGUAAUCGGCUCGCCGGAGAAAUCCCGAGUAGGUUGGGAAAUGUGGAUUUUCAGGUGAUCGAUGUUUCUAGAAACAGGCUUGUAGGGGAUAUUUCUUUCUUGUUCGGGAUGAAUAAGAGUUUGAUAUAUGCCGAUUUUUCGAGGAAUUUGUUGGAGUUCGAUUUUUCGAAGGUGGAGUAUUUUCCGGUGAGUUUGAGUACGUUGGAUUUGAGCCAUAAUAGGGUUACGGGCAGGCUGCCCGAGGGAUUGGUUAAGUCGAAUAUCGGUCGUUUGAAUGUGAGCUACAACAGGCUGUGCGGUCAGAUUCCGGUGGGCGGGCAGCUGCAGGAGUUUGAAACUACGUCGUUUUUUCAUAACAUGUGUUUGUGUGGUCCACCGUUGCUGAAAAAAUGCAAAUGAAUAUUCAAUUUAAUUAAUUAAUUAAUUACCUUGCAAAAUUUGAA